UUCAUCCAAAGCGACGACUUAGUGAGCCAGAACACAAUUCCAACACCGAGCUGAGCUGCUUUCUCAAAAUGUAGUCAGUCAUCCAAGACAUGCUUGCUACUGAGGUUUUGCAUUGGAAUUACAAGUCUGUACACUACUAGUCAAAUGUGUUUUGAACUCCUACAGUUUAUGUUCUUACAGUCUACUCACUAUUAUUACCACAGACCAAACAAAAUGAUAGGGAAUAACAAUUAAAUAAGGAAACUGAAAUCUUUGUGGAACUUACUAACUGCUCGCUCUCAGAUCCUACUGAGACUGUAAAUUAGUGUUUUAUUUAAGGCUGUCGCACUUGGAGGGUGAAACCAUUGCUAUAGCUGGUAAAGCUUAGUGCUAGAAUGAACUGUGCAGCAAAAAUAUAUGGUGUGUUACGACUCUGUAUAUACACCACAGCUAUGCUGAAUUCUCAAAUCUGAUUGGUCAGAGGUUAUGUAUGUUCUGCUCCUCACCAUCUAAACCUAAUAAUAAUCUGAUUAAAACAUUAUUAUUUAACAAGGAAAAGCAUCUAAUACUUGAUUUGGUCGAUAUGAUUCUGUAAGGAGGGGUUUAUUUAAAAAUGAUGUAAGGAGUCUCAAGUGUUAGCACUUUGUUAAACUAGCAUUUCAGGAUUCUUUUUUUUCUACCAUAGGAAAAGCUUCAGGACCGGAGGAUGUGUUUUGCAAUUUUUUCCCCUCUUUUUUUGUCCUAUUAUCUAAAAGAGAAAGUGAAGGAAUGACUGGUUAUAGCUGCUAUAAUGUAAACGAUAACAGGAACUGAUUUUGUUUUGAUGUUCAGUAACAUUAAAUGCAACUAUAAGUGGAUAAAAAAUUAUGAUGUUUAGUUCUGCAGUAAAGAAAGAUUUGUUGUUGGCAAAUUGCUGUGGUUUAAGGGGAAUAAAAUACUCGUGCGUUCGAGGUUACAAUACUUACAAUAUUGGACCCUAAAUCUUCAGCAAAUAUGCUCAAAAUGUUGAGCAGAAUUCUGUCUGUUUUUUAAUCAGAUAUAGUAACCGGAUGAUUUAUUUAUUUUUUUUUCAAGCAAAGGAUUGUAUGGUUUCUCGUGCACAUAUUUAUGGGGGAAAAAUCGUUUGGGGUGAGCUGGAUGUUUCACUGAAAAAUUAAAGCCGCAAACAUCGAAUGUAUUAGCUGACUGAAAUGUAAGUUAAGGAAAAUUGUACAAAUGAGAUUUAAAGAUUAUUCAAAAGCCCAACAUGGUUCCCGAUUGUGUGAGGGUCUUAGUUAAUGAGUGUUGUGGUUAAUGAUCCUUUCUAUUGCACACGGAUCUUAAAAGGACUGUGUCAAAUCUGCCGUACAAAGACCACACUUUUCAGGUGUACGUUCGGAGUCAAAUGACGUCCAUCCCUCUGGCAUUCAUUACAUGUACGCCAUGCAGGAGUCGUCACUAACCAAAUCGCCUUAAACGUUGGUACCCUCAUUUGAGUUGGAAAUAGGAAUGCAUUCAAAUGUAAAUAUGUUUAUUUUCGAUAUGUCCCUCACUAUUAAAGAUAUCAGCAAGGCUCCAGGUUAACAGGUUUGUUUUGUUUUGUGUGUGCAUGUGUGUGCAAUGCAAAGUAUGUUAGUGCUUGCCAGUGUUUUCUUAACCCACAUGGGCUCCGGUUACCUGUGUGCACUUCAUCGUGGGCGGAUCUGCUUGGGAAAGAACAGGUAUAAGUGUGUGAAGCCUCACAUGCUUGGAUACACUCUCAGUUACUCAGCUUAGCAGCUCUUUUAUGCGAAACACAAAGGAUUACAAUGCGAUUGGCACCUUUCUCUUGAAGCCGAACGGAAGGCCAUCCUGAGAGAAGACUUCCUCACCAUGGCAAUGGGUUUUUCCCAGGAUCAGGUGGCGUGUGUGUGUGAGGUUCUGCUUCAGAGCGGGUGUAUCGAACGCCUGUCCUCCUUCCUUCAUUCUGUACCUUCUCUCUCCACAUGCCCUCCGUUCUCGCACCUAGGCCCACAGCACAACGUGGAGAGCUUGUUGAAGGCGCGGGCAGCCGUGGCCUUCCACCAGGGCCGGUUCAGCGAGCUCUACGCUCUCAUAGAGGGCAAUAUGUUCUCCCCACGCAGUCACUCACUUCUCCAGCAGCUCUGGCUCCGGGCACGCUACCUGGAAGCCGAGCUGCAGCGAGGGCGCCCUCUUGGAGCUGUGGGCAAAUACCGUGUACGGCGCAAGUUCCCCCUGCCUCGAACCAUCUGGGAUGGAGAAGAGACAAGCUACUGCUUCAAGGAGAAGUCACGGUGUGUGCUGAGAGAGUGGUACUGUAGGAAGCCCUAUCCUUCACCAAGAGAGAAGCGGGAUUUAGCCACAAUGACUGGUCUCACAGCCACUCAGGUCAGCAACUGGUUCAAGAACCGACGUCAGCGGGACAGAGCUGCUCAGGGCCGCAAAGGACAAAUGGAGGAUGCUGUGCCGGAGUGCUUGGGCUCAGAAGGCGCAACUAGAGGUUCACUCCACAGGUCUGACGAUGACCUUUCACCUCCGCCGAGCCCAAGCUCGAGAGGAGAACUGUUGCCCUGCUCUCAGUUCUCCUCGGCUCAGCCUCCACCUCUCAGGCACCUCGGAGCUGCACACUACUUUCCCUACUGAGGCGACUGGAGUCUUCAGUAAAGAAUAAAUACACUUCAAUGAGCUGGAGUAUGAACAUGGACAUACAGCUACUGCCCCCCAGUGACGAGAAAGCAGAAAUUCCCUCAUAGACUGCUUAGUCUGUGUUGGAUACACUGUACAUGCCUCAUCAAGAAGACAAAAAGAAAAUGUCUUUUCAUGCUCCAGGAAAUUGCUUCAUGUUUAAAGAAAAAGUACAUGUUAAAAAAUUCCUUUUCUAUUUGUGUUUUUGCCUCAAUUUUGUAACAAACCACGUUUACUUUAUAUUGCCCUCAAGAAGGUGGUGCAACUUCUGCAGCAAACUGAUGUAUAUGUAUUUCAUUUCCUCGAUUACAUUUACUUGGGUACAAUUUUGUUACUUUAAAAAGAGAGAGAGAAAAAAAGAUCUUUACAAGUGCCUAUUUUAGACAUUCUUUUGGGCAUAUAAUGCACUGCAGCACUGAUUUUACAAUGAAAUCAUGUUACACCCUAUGUAGUGAGCAUAUGUAGUGAAUAGGAAGCCAUUUGGAAUUUCACCUGAGUUAGAGGAGCUUAAUUUAAAAAAAAAUAAAUAAAUAAAUAAAAAGAGAAAAGAAAUCCUUUGUUAAGACAAGUGGAAAAAAUUAAAGUUGAUAAAAAAAUUUUAACGCCUGCUUG